CUGCAGCAUUGAGCAGCAGAAGCGCUGAAAGACAGAGCGAGCGCAAAGUGACAAGACCUCCCCGUACUGCGCGAUAACAUCCACACCGAUGUGAAACAAGAAAAGCCAACACAAUUUCGGAAAUAAGACAAGGAAAGACGGAAACGUGUGCUGCUCUUGAACCAGGGAUUGCCAUUAUUGGAUCACUUUAUACCGGCACGUGUAAUGUCUUGCUCUUGAUGAUAAUCAUACGCGCAGAAGCCGUUCUCUGGUCCUAGUCGCGCGUGCAGAGUGGAGGUUGCGCUUGGAAGUAUACAAAACUUUUGUUGUUGUUUUGUUUUGCAUCUGACGUUUUGGAUUUCGAUUCAUUAAAAGUCGACUUCCCGUGAUACUGUGGAUUUUAAAAGCGAAAUACGCGGAGGACCAAUAUAGUGUGGAUUUCCCCCCAAUUUCUUUUGUUAUUCUCUUAUUUUACUCUUAUUAUUUAUAUUGUUGAAUUUUCUGGAGGAGCGGGGCCGUUCAAUAAGUUAAUUUUAGCGGAUUCGACGCAGGUGCUUCGGUCCUGAAGGGCAGAAUGGAAUUGUUAUUUUGACCCACGAUAUCAUACGGUUCAUUCAUAUUCCACAGCUUCGCUUUUAAUAUUUUUGAGAGCCAAAGACUGUUCGGUGACGCUCAUCGCAACACACCACUGGAAUUACAAUCAUGAACUUUGUUGUUUAUUCGAUACAAUUAUUUUUUGCAGCUCUCCUUCAUCUGUCUGCUGUAAAGGCUGCCCACAUACCCAAAGAAGGGGGAAAGAGCAAAAAUGAUGUGAUUCCUUUCUUGGAUGUGUAUAAGAAGAGUGCGUGCAAGACACGAGAGCUGCUGGUAGACAUCAUUCAGGAGUAUCCCGACGAGAUCGAGCACACAUACAUCCCGUCCUGUGUGGUUCUCAUGCGCUGCGCCGGCUGCUGCAACGACGAAGCGCUCGAGUGUGUGCCUACAGAGACCCGCAACGUCACCAUGGAGGUACUGCGAGUCAAACAACGUGUAUCGCAGCAUAAUUUUCAAAUGAGUUUUACAGAACACACCAAGUGUGAAUGCAGGCCAAAGGCAGAAGUCAAAGCAAAGAAAGAAAACCACUGUGAGCCUUGCUCAGAGAGAAGAAAGCGCUUGUAUGUGCAGGACCCCCUCACCUGUAAAUGCUCCUGCAAAUUCACACAAUUGCAAUGCAAGUCCAGACAACUUGAGUUAAACGAAAGAACUUGCAGAUGUGAAAAACCAAGAUGAUGAGCGGCACGCUGGGCAGAACACUGAAUGAAGGAAUUUUUUUUUUACAGCACAGCACUUUUUAAACCCGAGGAUGCAUUCCCUGGACGAACUUCAAACACUACCCUGAACGAAAGACAAAGAAUGAAAUGAGGGCAGGAGAUAUCAUCCUAAUGUAUAUUAAGAUAUUAAUAUAUGAAUAUAUAUAGAAUAUAUAUUAUAUAUAUUAAAUGACAAUGUGUGUCGCUGCUAUCACCUGAAUUACUACAAACAAGUAAACGAAGACGCUGCUUGGCGUGUGAAUGGGAUAAAUUGUAGUGUCACUGCACCUGGGCCUGUGAUUGGACAGAACACGGUGAGGUAACGCUUCACUGGAUCAUCCGGCUGUGGAUUCACGUCUAAAGACUCGGAUCGAAUGUCCAAGCCUUCACUGAGAGGUGCAAACGAUAACCUCCACCCCUUUAUAUGAACAGUUACAGACUGUCAAUCAAAGGAGAGGAAGUGACAUAGUAAAGACUCUUUCCAGACUGUUGGGAACUGUGGGUCCAGGCACGGGAUACGAAUGCGGAACUAUCUAUUUCUGUGAUGUCACUCUUACUAGGGUGAAGUCUUAGUCAAAAAGACACCUGUACUGACUAACAUCCUAUAGGACUUGGUGUGAUAAUACUAAAGGGAUAUUACAUGUAUGUAUAUAUGGACAUAAAAAACAAAUUAAUAAUAAAAAAAAAGGAUAAACGUGACAAAACUUUUACCAAGGAAUGGAAUCAUUCAGUUCACGGCAUUAGUAAAAGAUAACUCAAAUAUUUAGGGUUCGUAACAUUUUCCAAAGAGAAUAUUGCACACAACUUUAGGAACGAUUCAUUACCACACAAUCUGUAUAUACAUAUCUAAUGUCCCUUUAUGUAGUUCACUUCAUCUAAUUUAUAAUGUUAGAAUAUGUUCAGUAUUCUGUGUAUUUAAUUUGAUCUAUUUAUAUGCAGUGUUAUUGUUGAUAUUGUUUUGCUUUGUUUCCUAUCGACAUUGUCAUCAAUCUGAAAAACUGUGGACGGCUUUUAUAGAACGAAAGACAAAUGACAAGAGAGACACUUCAACAUUCCUGAAAGCGCCUUUUUUUGUUUAUUUCAACCUUUUUGUAUCAGCGAUCAGUUUGGUGGAGACACGUGAUCUGCGGACAAGAACACUAAACAUUCUCUUUGUGUGAAAGUGCCAGAAUUUCUUCUUCUUUUUUCGUUUGUUUUCCAUGUACAGCCACAUUUUCAUUAUAUUUUCACAGUAAUAUAUUUAUUGGUGCUGUUAAAUAUUAACAUCCUUUUUGUGUUUUUAGUAUAACUAUUAAACAUAUUUAUUUU